GAGUUAUUCUGCUAAUUGAAAAGGAGACAGAAAAUAGAUGUCCACGCCUACAGACCCUGGCGCCAUGCCUCAUCCUGGUCCUUCCCCUGGACCAGGACCUUCACCUGGACCGAUUCUAGGACCUAGCCCAGGACCAGGGCCCUCUCCUGGCUCAGUUCACAGCAUGAUGGGGCCAAGUCCUGGUCCGCCCAGUGUCCCGCAUCCAAUGCCGACAAUGGGGCCUACUGAUUAUCCACAGGAAGGCAUGCAUCAAAUGCAUAAGUCUAUUGAUGGCUUGCAUGAAAAAGGAAUGGUUGAAGACGUUCAUUGUGGCUCCAUGAAGAGUAUGCGACCUCCUCACCCCGGAAUGGGCCCACCUCAGAGUCCAAUGGACCAGCAUAGCCAAGGAUAUAUGUCUCCACACCCAUCUCCACUAGGAGCACCAGAGCAUGUGUCCAGUCCCAUGUCUGGAGGAGGGCCAACUCCACCCCAGAUGACUCCCAACCAGCCAGGACCGAUUAUACCAGGAGAUCCACAAGUUAUGAAUCAGCCUAACAGAGGUCCUUCCCCUUUCAGCCCUGUACAGCUGCAUCAGCUGCGGGCUCAGAUUCUAGCAUACAAAAUGUUAGCUAGAGGUCAGCCUUUACCAGAAAACCUCCAGCUUGCUGUUCAGGGCAAGAGAACCCUGCCUGGCAUUCAACAGCAGCAGCCUCCCAGUGCCUUCAACAGACAGUCUGGUAUUGGGUUACAUACAAUGAGUGGCGCUGCAACUGGACCAGGACCUGCUCCAGGGAUGCCUGGGCAUACACCAGCCAUUACCCCUAAAACUUGGACUGAAGGUGUAGUGGACUAUAAUUUUAUGUCAUGCCAAACCCCAGAUCUGAAUGUCUCCAACACGCAGCAGAAGCUUCCUGCGCCACCCCCUAGUGGGAGGCCUUCUCCUGCCCCCACAGCUGCCCAGCCUGCUGCCACCAUGCCUGGGCCUUCUGUGCCACAGCCACCACCUGGACAGCCUUCGCCCAUUGUUCAGCUGCAGCAAAAGCAGAAUCGCAUCAGCCCUAUCCAGAAGCCACAAGGAUUGGAUCCAGUUGAAAUACUCCAAGAACGUGAAUAUAGACUUCAAGCUCGAAUUGCUCACAGAAUCCAGGAACUGGAGAACUUGCCUGGUUCUCUGCCCCCAGAUCUGCGAACCAAAGCUACAGUGGAAUUGAAGGCACUUAGGUUACUGAAUUUCCAGCGCCAGCUAAGACAAGAGGUAGUAGCCUGUAUGCGCCGUGAUACAACACUGGAGACAGCACUGAACUCCAAAGCCUACAAACGAAGCAAACGCCAGACUUUGAGGGAGGCUCGUAUGACAGAAAAGCUUGAGAAACAGCAGAAGAUAGAACAAGAGAGGAAGCGUAGGCAGAAACAUCAGGAAUAUCUGAACAGCAUUUUGCAGCACGCUAAAGAUUUUAAAGAGUACCACCGCUCAGUUGCUGGGAAAAUUCAGAAACUUUCUAAAGCUGUAGCAACUUGGCACGCCAAUACUGAGCGUGAGCAGAAAAAAGAAACUGAAAGAAUUGAGAAAGAAAGAAUGAGGAGACUAAUGAAUUCCAUGGAAAUUGACAUGCUUACUUUGAAACAUGCUGGUAAAACGCG